UUGUUUCAGUCAAUCGUCCCGAUGAACUCAAGACUGGCGCUCAACCGUCCAGCAGUGUUUCCGACAACACAGCUGACUCAUCUUUUCGCAUAAGUGCAUUGGUUGUAGAUUUCCCGUCUACCGCAGCAAUUCAGGGGAGAGCCAAUUCCAGUACCUCGGGUGAGUGGUCACCCCUGGUGAACGCGCCCGGAACGACACACCCGGCAUCAAGUCACGCUAACGGUACGUCAUCGCAUGAGAAAGGAGAGCAGUACAACCGCCCGGAGAAUUCACCAAGGCCCACAGCAGCGCUAAGUGCGAAGGUCUCGACAACCACCUCCCGCCUCAGAACGCAAACGGUAGCUGCCUCGGAAGUAACUCGAUGGCCUGAAGACGUGACCGUUCAGUUAGCGUCCUCAAGUAUGACCCUGUCUCGCUCGAGCGAAGUCCUCAAUAACACAAACACAACAUCUACAAAGUUCCCGAAUGUGCCCAUGGCCGGGCAUGACGCCAGCCUGGACAACAGCUCAACUUCACUCAUGUCCAACGAGUUUGGAACUAGUAAGACCGACUCCCUUACCACCAACGUACUGACAUCGACGAAAGACGCGGCAACGUCGACCUCUGCUGAUGCUCCUCAAACCCGCAGAAACAAGGGAGCUAUAUUCGCCACCGUCAUUGGUGCAGCUGUGCUGCUCAUGGGCAUCAUUGUCAUGGGAUUAUGGUUCUACAACGUCCGGUGGAAGCUGAACCGAGAUCGUCCCCUUCUGAGGCACGCUGCUGCUCCGGACACUACGCCGAUCCCUUUCAGUGUCGUCUACUACCAGAACGAUGGCGUUCAAAUUGCGGGAUUGCGCCGAAACUGAUGGCCGUGCGGUGAACGCAAACUCCCUAAAGAAGCUUCCCAGCCACUGCCCGAAGUUGCGUUGCAGGGAAUUCCAGGCAUUUGUUAUCGAAUUCUCCACUUGUAGUUGAAGCUUCUCAUUUCGUGCCAGGGCCUAGAGUGAAAAACUUCAGGCUAGCGCAGUCUCCUGAAGUGCCGCGGUAUAUUUGCUAUGACAUAGCGCUGCUGAACAUGAGGACGCGAGUUAGAGUUCAACGCCGCAUCUCAGUGGGGACGGAAUGCAAAAGUGCUCUCUUGUAUUGUGCAUGUCCAU